GCCUGCCCCUUUCUAACUCACGAGCUUAUCCACACACAGGCCACGGCUGGGUCAGGUGACAGGCAGGGCAAAAGAAAAUAAAAAGUGCCACAGGUCAGCCCUGGCCAUGCAGAGUGAGGUUGCAGCUUAUGCCAACCCCCAGCAGGCAGCCGGCGAAGCACAAGUGCCCAGGACACCCCAGCAGCACAUGGCUGAGAUACUGCGAGAGCUAAAACAGACUCGGCUGCAGAAAAUAUGGAUCCCCCAUCAGUGCGAAAGGCUCCAGCAAAGGAGAGGAUCUUCCAUACCUCAGUUCACCAAUUCUCCUACCAUGAUCAUCAUGGUUGGACUUCCUGCUCGUGGAAAGACUUAUAUUUCCAAGAAACUCACCCGCUACCUCAACUGGAUCGGAAUCCCAACAAAAGUAUUUAAUGUGGGCCAGUAUCGGCGAGAGGUUGUGCAGACCUACAAGAACUAUGAGUUUUUCCACCCAGACAACCAGGAAGCAAUGAAGAUACGGAAACAGUGCGCGCUCAGUGCCCUGAGGGACGUUGAUAAAUAUCUAACACAAGAAGAGGGCCAGGUGGCGGUGUUUGAUGCCACAAAUACCACAAGGGAGCGACGGUCCCUGAUCCUGCAGUUUGCCAAGGAGCGUGUCUUCAAGGCAUUUUUUAUUGAAUCGAUUUGUGAUGACCCUGAUAUAAUCGCUGAAAAUAUCAUGGAAGUGAAGCUCUCCAGCCCAGAUUACAAGGACUGUGACAGAGAGAAAGUGGUGGAAGAUUUCCUAAAGAGAAUUGAAUGCUAUAAUAUGUAUUAUCAGCCCCUGCAUGACGACUUGGAUAGCUCCUUGUCCUACAUCAAGAUCUUCAACGUUGGGAGCCGAUACCUGGUGAACAGGGUUCAGGAUCACAUUCAGAGCCGUGCAGUGUACUACCUAAUGAAUAUCCACGUCACUCCCCGCUCCAUUUACCUUUGCCGGCAUGGAGAGAGUGAGCUUAACCUUUUGGGGAGAAUCGGUGGUGAUUCGGGGCUGUCCACACGUGGCAAACAGUUUGCACACGCCCUGGGCAACUUUGUGAAGUCGCAGCAAAUUACCGACCUUAAGGUGUGGACAAGUCACAUGAAACGCACCAUCCAGACGGCAGAAGCUUUAGGUGUUCCCUAUGAGCAGUGGAAGGCUCUGAAUGAGAUCGAUGCUGGGGUGUGUGAGGAAAUGACAUAUGAGGAAAUACAAGAGAGGUUCCCAGAGGAGUUUGCCCUAAGAGACCAGGACAAGUAUCGGUACAGAUACCCCAAAGGAGAGUCCUAUGAGGACCUUGUACAGAGGCUGGAACCUGUCAUAAUGGAGCUAGAACGGCAGGAGAACGUGCUGGUCGUCUGUCAUCAAGCGGUCAUGCGCUGCCUGCUGGCCUACUUCCUGGACAAGAGUGCAGGUAAGCAGACAAGGCAUUGCAUCAUUUGCUGCAGAUGGACCUGGGUUUCCUUAAUUUUUAUGAUUUAUUCUCCCCCACCUGCAGAGCAACUUCCGUACCUGAAAUGUCCCCUCCACACAGUGCUGAAACUAACCCCUGUGGCAUAUGGUUGUAAAGUAGAAUCCAUCUAUCUGAAUAUAGAGGCAGUGAACACUCACAGGGAAAAGCCAUUUAAUGUUGAUGUUUCCCGUGACCCAGAGGAAGCUUUGGACACUGUGCCCGAACAUUUUUAACUGUAAAGUUUUUUGUAUAUUUUUAAUUUUGUUUUAGAGUUGCUCCAAUCAGAUUGAUUUUUAACAUGAGGGAAGUGUCAGUGGCUAAUGAGGCGCCAAACUGGGAAUGCAGUAAGGAUGUACAAUGGAGGGAAUGGCUAGUGGGGUUAAUUUUUUUUUUUUUUUUUGCCUGUGGCUACUAUUCCCCCAUAUAGGCAGAGCCCCAGUUAUGCUUUAUUGGAAGGUAGCUAAAAGGUAGUUCUCAGGCCCACUAGUGAUUUGUUUGUAUAUUUAGUAAUUGGGUCUGUUUAUUUUUAAUCAUGUUUAGUGACUUUAAUAUAAUUUUAUAAACUCUGGUAUCUGGAGGACAGUCAGAUGUUAGUGUCCCUGUGGUACAUUUAGUCACCUCCUUUUUAGGAGGAUGCAGGGUGCAAUUUAUCCAUCACUGGAGCAGGAGUUGUGCUGCUAGAAUAUGAAUGAAUGGGCUCAGUGGAAAUUAAAAGGAAAGCAGCACAAAGGGCUUUUUGCAAAGAAAUAGUAUUUUAUUAAAACAUGAAAAUGAACUUCUCUUCCUGACAAUAAGUAGUCUGAGCUGAGACUCCCUGCAGUGCUUGGAAAAGCAACAGCAAGCAUAUGGCAUUUUAGCUGAACCAGCAGUUAUUGUGAACAGAACGUUCAAGUUUAACUGUCACUUUAAGACAUCAGUGUUGCAGAACAAAGUCCAAAUCUCCUGGAGAUGUGUAACCACUUGAAAUAAAAACAGCCCAUGAAAUGA